AUGAGCGAAUCUAAGCGCGGAAGGAGAUCUAUCAUGGGUCUUCUAGACCUAACAAACAUCAUUGAUUCCUCACCAGAAAGUGCCGACUCGGGUGGAACUCUCAGAAGGUCCUUGAGAUUACGCCGCAAAUCCAUACCUGCAGCGUCCCUUGGUGGACAAACACACCCAUCUAAAAGAUAUAGUCGAAAGUCAGUGAUUAAUCCGCAAACUCAUUCCCAGUGGAACAAAGGGCCUCAAGCUUGAGGCUUGAAGUUUCUGUAGCAGCGUUUAUUUUUACAGGAUGGGGUCCCCAGCAGAAUGGCAAGGGUGUAAUACUAAACACAUGUUCAACGUCAAAUUACUUUGGGUGCGCAAGAAUGAAAAUAAGUCAGCACACCAAUAUAAGACGACAGCACGUGGGAAUACUGAAGACUUUGAAUGGAAAUUACAUACAAGUCUUAGAUGUUUAAUUUUUAAGCUCUUGUUGAAGAUUAAUGCCUGGAAAGGAAGAUAAAGUACGAAAUUGCCACUGACACGAUCC